GAGGGAGAGAGAGGCAGUGUUGACUGCUGUAUUGGGAGGACACAUCCUAAUGCGACACAGCUACAGCUUUACCAUCUCAUACAGAGGGAGCAAGUCAACAAGAGAGUAAGGAGAGGGAAAGAAAAACACUGAUCAAUAGAAGAAAUCACAGAAGCCUGUUUAGUCUAUAAAAAACACUCCAUGUGGUCCCCUUUAUUCCAGGAUCUCCAUGAGAACAGCAUCAUCACCCUGCCCCCUGCGCAUGAUUGUCACUCAACACGCCUUGUGUAUUCUUCCUCGCCCAGGAUUCAAAAGCUGCACUGUGGCCAUUGUUCUGCUUUCAUCUGCUGUAUAAGAGUUUUUUGGGACCAUCUUGAUUCUCAGCAAGUUGGUGUGCAUAAGCACGAAUGGCUCGACUGGUGUGCCUAAUGUGUGUGAGCUCAUUAGCACUGAGCUAUGCCAUGGGUGGGGAGGUGUGCGUUUCAGGUCACGACAGUGGCCCGGUGUUUGAGGAACAGCCCUCCAGUCUGGUUUUUCCAGAAGGCUUGACCGAGGAGAAAGUCACCCUAGCCUGUAAGGCCAGAGCUAGUCCUGCUGCCACAUACAGGUGGAAAGUGAAUGGGACCAAUGUGCCACUGGAGAAUGAAACACGGUACAGCCUGGUAGCAGGGAACCUGUUGAUUAGCAGCCCACAGUAUAGCAGAGAUAGUGGCUCUUAUCAGUGCCUCGCCAUCAAUCGCUGUGGCACAAUCAUCAGUCGAGCUGCAAACCUCAGAUUUGGCUACCUCCAUGACUUUCCCCCAGAUGAAAGGAGUCCUCAAACUGUAUAUGAGGGGGCAGGAGCUACUCUCACCUGUCACCCACCUUCCCACUACCCAACACUGUCAUACCGCUGGUUCUUCAAUGAAUUUCCUAAUUUUGUCCAGACUACUGAUGGUCGAUGGUUCAUUUCCCAAGUUACAGGGAAUCUGUACAUAGCCACUGCAGAAGUUAAAGACUCAGGCAACUACUUUUGCUUCACCACAAAUAACAUGGAAAUCAGCACCAAAAGUGUCUUCAGCAGGGCGAACCCACUCACGGUUUUAUCUGAUGCAAACCCCAGAAGGACUGCACCUAAUAUUAAAGUACGCUUUCCAUCUGAGACGUAUGCCCUGGCUGGACACACUGCACAGCUUGAAUGUUUUGCCUAUGGCAAUCCUGUACCACAGAUACGCUGGAGGAAAGUGGAUGGGAACUUGCCUUCCAAGGCCUCCACGGGUGCCAGUGGGCCCAUUCUGAUACUGCCAGAGCUUGAAUUUGAUGAUGAAGGGAUAUAUGAGUGUGAGGCCGAAAAUUCAGAGGGUCGUGACGUCUACCAAGGUCGCAUUAUACUGCAAGCCCAGCCAGAAUGGCUGCAUGUAAUGAGUGACUCAGAGGUCGAAAUAAGUUCAGAACUGCGCUGGAGUUGUGCAUCAGCAGGGAAGCCUCGUCCGUCUGUGCGCUGGUUGCGCAAUGGGCAGUCAAUCAGCACACAGGAUCGAAUUGAAGUCAACGGUGGACUGCUGAAAAUAAGCCAUUUGGCACUAGAAGACUCUGGGAUGUACCAGUGUGUGGCUGAGAACAAGCAUGGCACCAUCUAUUCUAAUGCAGAACUAAGGGUUCAAGUCCUGGCCCCAGAUUUUCGCCAGAAUCCAGUUCGGAGGCUUGUUCCAGCAGCGCGAGGGGGGCAGGUGAUGAUGGAGUGCAAGCCACGUGCUGCCCCCAAACCCACCCUCUUCUGGAGCCGUGGCACAGAGCUUCUGACUAACAAUAGCAGGGUGACGGUCACACCAGAUGGUAAUCUCUGGAUCACUAACAUCAGUCGGGCAGAUGAGGGAAAAUACACCUGCUUUGCAGAGAAUUACCUUGGCAAGGCCAAUAGCACAGGUCACCUCUCAGUUCGAGAUGCAACCAAAAUUACUCUAGCUCCCUCCAAUGCAGAUAUCAACCAAGGAGACAAUGUCACCUUACAGUGUCAUGCAUCUCAUGACCCCACUAUGGACCUAACUUUCACCUGGUCACUAAAUGGAGUCCUGUUGGACCUAGAAGAACCCCACGGACACUUUCGUCGUACAGAGACUCCUCCAUGUGAGAAAAGCACAGAGUUUUGAUAACAGGAACAUUCAUCGUACAGUCCCCU